AUGGAAUUGGUUACUAGAAAAUCUAUCUUAAAAUUUGAAAAUCAAAAAAUUAUUAUAUUACAUGAAUCUUUGAUCACUCCAGAUUUUGCCAAAUUUAAUAUUGACAAUGAAGAAAAUGAUUCUCAUUCACUUUCACAUAACUUCAAAAAUAGCAAUAAUAAUACUCAAGAAACUUUUAAUAAUUUCUUGGAUAAAAAUCAAUUAAAAGAAAUAAUUAAACCUGCAACUUUCAAGAAUCAAGCAGAUCAGCAAAAAAUAGUUCUUACACUGGUUAAUAAUAAUAAUAGAAAAUAUGAACUAGAAAUUCCAGCUAUUCAUUUCAAAGUGAUUGUCUCAGUAGAAGCUGAUAAUACUAUAAUUAAUCCAUUUUAUUUACCUGAAAUCGCAGAAAGGGAGCGUCGUACUUUAGCUACUGUUGAAAUAUCAGAUGUGGCUCAAUAUUCAAAAUCAUAUUGGUGGAAAAUGAUUACAUACCAAGAGGCUGUUUCAGAUCCAGAUCAAAUCGACACAUGGAAUAUUUCAAAAAGCAAUCUAACUUUAUUGGAAGAAGAACUCGCAUCCACUUUUAUUGAAGUCUUCGAUGCUAUGGGAUUAUCUUAG